AUGGGGCUAGACUCACCCUCAAGGGAUGACCGAACCCUUCUUGCUGCUGCGCAUCCGCCGCGAGGCGUGCGUAUGGUGGUGGAGUUGGGUCGGCACUGAUGGGGUCAGGCGGGAAAAUGUACAUGCAUGCACGGGCCUUUCUGGCCGUCGGCGUAGGCAGUGAUGCCCAUCUCAUUUUUGUGCGCGGAGGCAGACACCAUCAGAAAGGUGGACGGACACUACACGGCCCUAGGUUUGCUAGAGGGAGCUGUAUUGCCUCAGUAACCUGGCUUCGCCAUCAAAGGAGGAGGGAGCAGGUGGCGACGAGCUGAACUGGGCCGGUUGACCAUUCGGCGCGAGAAUUCCUAUUUUUUUCAGACCAAGAACCUUGAGUGCAAUGAGGGAGAAAGCGAGGAACCGACUGGGUAGGACAGCAACGAGAGCGUGUACGGACGGAGCAGGUCGAGUGGCGUUUUGCUCGGGCUGACUACAGCGGCGCCGGAUGGAGCAGCGGCACCGGAGCAUGCGGGCGACAUCGACCCGUGGCGCACGGACAAACUAUCUGUGUUCGAGAAUUUUUUUCGUUUUUUUCUGACACUCCGUGUCGGUUUUGUGCGUCAUCACCGGUUUUGUAGAGAGACCGUCAGAGAUGGNUGAUUGUCCAUUGCAAUCAUGGCUUUGGUUGGUUGUUCUUUUUCACUGUACGUCCGCAGACACAUUCUGACAGCACUUCAGACAGCAGCUUUGUGCCCCGCCAGCUUCUUGUUCCAUGCCUACCAUGGUGUUUUUGUACAGACAGCACUUCAGACAGCAGGAUGCUGUAGUCGGCAAUCUUCCGUUUUGGUAUAGAGUGGGACAGGGAGGGGUUGAUGCUACUGUAGUCGAACGGUGGGACGGAUGUGCAGUUCAGUUUUUGGGCACGCAUAAGGUGCUGCAGGGAUUUUCAGGUGUACCUCUUCGGGCUCUUGGACACCUUUUUCUCGUUAUGUGUGUGCGAGUCCUUUAGAUCCU